UUUAUAACAUUUUCCCUCCCAUUUCUGUUUGGAAUAAUGGUUUCGUAUUCUAAUAAUCUUUUUGUUUACGCUUUCAUAUGUCUCCUAUCAAUCGGCAACACGUUUGUAUUAUCUUCAAGUUCGUUGCCGCAUACUCAAGAUCCUAAUCUAGUAGUUGACGAGGUUAAUAGAAGUGUAUUCAAUGCGUCAAGGAGGAGCCUCGCCUACCUAUCUUGUAGAACGGGUAAUCCUAUUGAUGAUUGUUGGCGUUGCGAUCCAAACUGGGAGACAAAUCGCCAACGGCUAGCCGAUUGUGCUAUAGGGUUUGGCAAAAACGCUAUCGGAGGCCGCGAUGGCAGAAUUUACGUGGUCACAGAUGCGGCCAACGAUGAUCCGGUAAACCCUAGACCAGGAACCCUAAGACAUGCGGUCACGCAAGAAGAACCAUUAUGGAUCAUUUUCAAGAGAGAUAUGGUCAUUAGGCUCAAGAAAGAACUUAUCAUCACAUCUUUCAAGACCAUUGAUGGUAGAGGCUCAAGUGUUCAUAUAACCGAUGGACCGUGCAUUAAGAUCCACUAUGAAACUAACAUCAUCAUACAUGGUAUUCACAUCCAUGACUGCAAACCAGGAUCAGGUGGCAUGAUUAGAGAUGGCCCACGUCACACCGGGUGGUGGGUCCCAUCAGAUGGAGAUGCAGUGGCGAUAUUUGGAGGCAAACAGAUUUGGAUCGACCAUUGCUCUUUGUCUAACUGCGAUGAUGGUCUCAUAGACGCCAUACAUGGUUCGACCGCUAUAACAAUAUCGAACAACUACAUGACGCACCAUGACAAGGUCAUGCUUUUAGGACACAGCGAUAGCUAUACCCAGGACAAGAACAUGCAAGUCACCAUUGCGUUUAACCAUUUCGGAGAAGGACUCGUUCAAAGGAUGCCACGGUGCAGGCAUGGAUAUUUCCAUGUGGUGAACAAUGAUUACACACACUGGGAAAUGUAUGCUAUCGGUGGAAGUGCUUCUCCGACGAUAUACAGUCAAGGCAAUAGAUUUCUCGCUCCUAAUACCCGAUUUAAUAAAGAGGUUACAAAACAUGAAGAUGCACCCGAAAGCGAAUGGAGAGGUUGGAACUGGAGAUCGGAAGGGGAUAUGUUGUUGAACGGAGCAUAUUUCCGGCAGUCAGGUGCCGGAGCUUCAUCGACAUAUGCAAGAGCUUCUAGCCUAAGUGCUAGGCCAUCAUCGCUUGUGGGUUCCAUCACGACGACAGCAGGAACACUAAGUUGUCGGCGAGGCCGUCGCUGUUGAUUAUUCAGUAUAACGAUGAUAAGGGAAUCGUUAAGAGAUAAAAAAGAUAUUAAAGGAUCAUUGUGUAUAUGCAAUGGUUCCUAUAUGCAAUUCUGUCUCUCUCACUUUUUUUUUAAGUUUUUCAAUGCAAUGUUAUAAGUGUAAUGCGUCUGCUAUGUCUUUGGACAUUGAGAGGGAUGGUCUCUAAAUUUAUAGUUUAAAGCUAUAUAAAACCAUUUCAAGCUUUAGUAUAUAUGUUAAUUAAGUUUUAUUGUC